AUGGAGAAAAUCAUCUACGACUUCUACUCUGAUCUCUUCGACAGCCAUGUCCACUUGCCUCCUCACCAUCUGAGGGAAGACGGACAUGUCAUUCCAGAGGUUCUCCCGUCCGAAAUGCGACAUACUAUCAUGUUAGUAAGAAAUCGUACGGCACCCGGUCCCGACAGAAUAAGACCAGAACAGCUGAAGAGCCUUCAGCCAUGGAAGACCAGCAAGACCGUGUUGCUGUAUAAAAAAGGAGAUCCACAUGACAUCAGCAACUAUCGUCCAAUCUGCUUACUGUCCGUCAUCUACAAGCUCUUUACAAGAGUAAUCCUUAAUAGGAUUGAAAAAGUCUUGGAUGAAGGACAGCCAUGCGAGCAAGCAGGGUUUCGAAAAGGAUUCAGCACGAUUGACCACAUUCACAUUGUUUCGAAACUCAUCGAGGUAUCACGAGAGUACAAGAUGCCGCUCUGUCUCACCUUCAUCGACUUGAAAAAGGCCUUCGACUCAGUUGAGACGGAAGCGGUCGUGGAAGCCUUGGACAACCAAAGCGUCCAUACUCAGUACAUAAAGGGUGAUACAAUCCCAUCCAAAAUAUUCACAGCCACCCUCGAGAACGCAAUGCGAAAGUUGGAAUGGGACUACAUGGGAGUGAAGGUUGAUGGUCGGCAGCCACACCAUUUGUGCUUUGCUGAUGACAUCGUACUGAUAACACCUAGCAUCAGCCAAGCGGAACGAAUGCUGAGAAUUCGACGAAACAUAUGGAUGCAUCGGUCUUCAGCUGAAUCUACAAAAGACGAUGUUCAUGCGGAACGGAUGGGUCUCAGAUGCCCCAUUCACGCUCAACGGAACGAACUUAUCCGAAUGCACCAGCUACGUUUAUCUGGGUCGGGAACUGAACAUGAUGAACGACCUGACCUCCGAGGAGGAGACGAGCGGUCUCCUCCUCGGAUGUGA